CGAGGCCGCACUUUGGGAGUGCUAUGAAAUAGACACCAACACCUGUGGCAGUCACAGUGGCGCCAAAUUCCUUCAUCUAUAUAGGUUAUUAGUGGUGGAGCACCAUUUUUCAGUUUAUCAAAUGAUGAAUCAACUACACAACAACAACUGGGCUGUUCAUGUUAAUGAUGCAGCACCUACUACUCCAUCUCAACCUCCACACCUUGCUCUGCCUAUUCACAAGCUGGAAAAGUCUUUGGAAAUGGCUGAAGAAACAUCAAACAGCAAACAGUGGAGAAAAUCGAACCUAUUCUUGGAGAUACCUAGCAGAUCAAUGGAAGUAUCUCGCCAAGAAUUCGUUCAAAUAAAGAUGCCUCCGGCCACACCAACUCCCACCCCCAAGAGAGUCAACUUCCUCUUAACACCUAGUCCUUCUGAUUCAAGGCCAUAUGGAUCACCUGGACCUUCCUCAACACGAGGCAGGUCAUCCAUCCGGAACCUCCUGCCAAAGGGCUUCAAGCAAAGAGCUUCCACUUCAGAGGCAGCCAACAAUGAUUCAAUCUCUUCAACCACAGCUGUUGUUGGUUCACAAGAUAAUCCAUCCAUGUCAAGAUCAUGGUCAUUUUCAAAGAUGUUUACUCCUAGGGCUAAGAGGGCAUGCUCGUUGCCAGUAACCCCUAUAGCCAAUUCAAAUCCGGGCUCUUCUGACGCUGGAAAUGCGCAUGUAAACUGUCCUCCUGCACCUGAUGAUGCAAAAGGAGUUAGGCGCAUGUCGAGGUCACUUUCUGUCCCGGUGAUCAGAAAAGAAAAGGGCACCCGAAAAAUGGAUUCAUUCUUUCGUAUUAUUCCAUCCACACCUAGACUGACCAAGGAUGGCCAACCUCAACUACCAAAUGUCACAAGUAUAGAUGAUGAAAACAGUGAAGCUGAUGGUGAAGAUAUACCUGAAGAGGAAGCUGUUUGUAGGAUUUGCUUGGUUGAACUAUGUGAAGGUGGAGAGACCCUUAAAAUGGAAUGCAGCUGCAAAGGAGAACUUGCUCUGGCUCAUCAAGAAUGUGCAGUCAAAUGGUUUGCCCUCAAAGGGAACAAGACCUGUGAAGUUUGCAAGCAAGAAGUUAGAAACUUACCCGUCACACUUCUACGUAUCCAAAGCUGUAUAAAUCGUGCUGCAGCCGCCAAUAGCUAUUCAGAUUUGGAGAUCAACGGGUACAGGGUUUGGCAUGAAGUACCAAUCCUUGUAAUUGUGAGUAUGCUGGCCUACUUCUGUUUUCUUGAGCAGCUUUUGGUUGGCAAAAUGGGUAGCAGUGCAAUCGCCAUAUCGCUUCCAUUUUCUUGUGUACUCGGCCUCCUUGCAUCCAUGACAUCUUCAACUAUGGUGAAGAGAAGAUUUGUUUGGAUAUAUGCAUCAAUGCAGUUCUCUCUUGUGGUUCUCUUUGCUCAUAUUUUCUACAACUUGGUUCAUGUGCAAGCAGUUCUAUCAAUCCUGCUGUCUACAUUUGCUGGAUUUGGUGUUGCUAUGAGUGGUAGUUCGCUCAUCGUUGAGGUGAUGAGGUGGAAAAGAAGACGAGACGGUGCUAGGAAUCAGAACAACGGAGGUGAUGAGAUGAUGCUGCAUCCCAGCCAGCACCCUGGAGGUGAAGCACAGAAUCCAGAAACUUUUAGUGGGAUCUAAGGUUUUGGUUAAGUUAGAGAGGAGUUGUUAUAUUUAUGUGUUUGCAGAAAAUAGCUGGUUUUUUAGCUGUUCAAUUGUGAUGAAUACUUAGCUUAAGCAAGGAUAUUGAAAUGAGGAAUUUUGGUAUGACUACUGUAGUAAUGUAGAGAGAGAGAGAGAGAGUUUGGUCAUGCACUUACUCAAUUGGAUUAUGGCAAUGGCAGCCUCUUGCCUAGUAGUUUCCCAAA